CUAUAGAGUUCUGUUUCAGGAAUCUCCCAACAGAGGGCCACUCGUUGUAUAAUAAUAAUAAUAUCGUUAUAUUCAAAAUGGCGCGUGUGUUGUGAGUGAAUCCGAUACACAGGUAAGUCAUCAGUCGUAUUCAUUGAAUUUUGGAUCGAGGAAGUCUAGUUUUAGGUUAGCAGAAGUGACCAUUCUCCGUCAAGUAUUAACAGAGUAUGGAAAAUGUCAUUAAUUGAUCGCAUUAGCAGAAUGCGUCGAAUUCGGCUAGCUUGAUAUUUAGCGAUAAAUAUGGUGUGUCGUGCCAAUCUCUGCGAGUACCCAAGGUCUACCUGGCUGGCAAGGUGCAUUGGCAAUAACAGGAAAGAGUCCAGUCUAGAAUCCCGCGAGGCAGCUGCGUUUGAGAAGCCAGAAAAGCAAGACAAUGUACAAUGAACUACGGUGGAAAUAUGCCAGACUGGCAUCAAUAUAAUCCGGGACAGCCAACAGCACCGGAAGUGACGACAACCAGUCAAAAUGUGAACCCUGGUCACCUGUUCAACAGCGGUGUGGAUCAGAGGGCCCUGGGAUUGAAUCUAAGCUCGGAAGGUCUUGCUAAGGGUCAGACUGAAACGAAUUACAGUCCACGUAAUUUUCAAGGAUCACCAAGUGCUCUGAACCCUCACAAUGGCUCCGAGGGGUCUAUGCAUCAAAUGCAUGGUUCUUGCGUGGGGCCUUACGGCCCCUCCACAUCAAGAAAUCCCAUGAUGGAGGGCCUCAAUGUUCCUGUGGGUACUAUUAACGAGGCAAUAGCACACAGGAACAAUCAGGUACCUCUUAAUCAUACUAUGGGCCAUAUGAGCGGUGCGAAUAUUGGUGCAGGAAGUACCUUGACUUCUAUGGGAACUAGAAACCCAGGUAUAAACGCAGUUCCUUCGAGACAGGCGCCUUACGUUCCCUGUAAGGGUCCCUGUUGCAAUCCUGAGCCUAAUGUGGGUUAUCAAGCUUGGGAGAAAUUCGGGCCUUAUCAACCAAACCUGUACAGAGAUAAUAUCGGACCUACUGGAUACUCCAGUGAUAACAGGAGGUUUGGCAACGAAUUCAACUAUCGCAAGAACGGCUUCGAGAACAAAGAUACCCUUGGCACGACUUUCACCAUUGAUCCUAGAAGAAGCUUUCCCGACUAUAAGUACAGAAAGGAUUCUGUUGUUCCUAGGGGCUAUCCACCGCCUCACAGUGCUUUACCAAAUUAUCCUGUUCAGAAUUACAACUUCCCUACGGACUAUCAGAAGUACCCUUACAACAUAAAGGACUAUCCACGGGAAAACGGUAUGAACACUCAGAAUCCGGCAAUUUUGAAGUAUCAGGAACAGAGUGUUAUAGUCCAACAAAAAUAUACCACCAAGCAGAUACAGUAUCAGAAUGGCGGUGGGGCUUUACAGAAGAAUAUUAUGAAUACUCCCAAUGUGGGGACCAAUGUCAUGCCACGUAAUCAGAAUCCUUACUUCAAUCCUCAGCUGCCACGGGACUUAACACGGGAAUUUCCUAGAGACUACAGGGAAAGUACGGAUCCUAAUUUAGUUAGCAACAGAAUGCCCAACGCAACACCAAUUCAUGGGAAUUAUCCCAAGUAUCAAGUAUACCAGCAGAAGAUUGCUAUGCAACGAUACUCCAUGGAAAACCAUCUACGAGAACUCACAAGGAUUCCAGGAUAUCAGACACACCCUAAAUAUCAAGAAUGCGUUCUCAGGUACAGGGAGCUUCUGAGGCUUCAACAAACUGUUGACUAUCAGAGUACUGUGCAAGAAAGCUCACCGAGGCUAGUCAGUACACCAGUCAGUGAGGAAAUUCCGCCAAUUAAUUUGCAAUUUGAUCAGAACGGUGUCCUUAUUAAUUCAAGUUACCUACCAACGGCCUUUUCUGCUAACGCAUCGAAUCCUAUUAAUGCUGGUAAUUCCGUUUCUGCUAAUGAGCAAGUGCCUAGCAAUUCGGACACGGACGCUCAUAAUCUUCAGAGAUCUUCAGAGAAUUUUGCUAAUCCUCCUGAACAUAAGAAACCAAUUCAACAAGAAUCUCUUCGUCAUCGGGAUACAUUUUCAGUUCAGAAGGAUUUCGAACAGACAGACGAAAAGCAGCAAACGGAGCAACAGUAUCAAGAGCACCGCUUCGGUUCUAAGAGUUUUCACGUUAUCAGUACAAGAACCAAUGAAGAAGUUUCCUCUGUACAGCAAAGCAACUCGAAGAACUUUGCGAAUAAACCAGAACUGGAUGUACGUCAGUUUCUAGCCAAUUGGGAUGAGUCUGAAGACGAAGAGAGCUGCAGUGAGAAUGUGACGGACGUGAUACUCAAUACCGUGACUCCGGUUGUCGUGGUUGGGUAUGAGGAUACAAAAGUCAUCGAGAAGAGUCCAGAGGUUCUUCAAAAUUUGGAAGAUGCAGCUUGCUCCAAAGAGGAUUUUGACGUUAAUCAAAAUGAAAUGGAUUCAGCGAAGAUUGAGGAGCCAUCCGAAACCCAAGUUGCCGAGUGUCACGUUAUUUCGGACUGUACCAACAUAGUUAACGUUGUCAAUAACGUUGACGGUGUCGAUGACACCCCCAAGGUUUCCGAAAUCAUUAAGGAUCCGGGAAGGACUGGAAGUGUUAUUCACUGUAUCACGGACGCUAUUGAUAACGUCCCCACGAUUCACAUCGUGGAGAAUUUGGAUAAUGAUGAUACCGUGGAGAGAAUUGUGGACGCUUUUGAAAAUCUCACUAGUCCAGUCACGGAAGAGAUACACCAGGAGGUGGAAAAACUCGCUAUCGAGGACGUAACGCAAGCAAGGAUUGUCGUGGAUGAGAAGAGUGAAAAAGAAUCACACGAGGAAUCCACAGAAUUGACUAAAAGUCUGGAGGAAUUGAACGAGGACAGCUGUUACAGUGAUUCCAGCUCUAAUACAAAUUUUCCAAAGUCAUCUACAGACAUCCAGGAAGCUUCAGAGCGUAGAGGUAGUACAGAUGAGAUGUCCAGUUUGUCUACUUCUGAGAAGGACGUUUGUGAUAACAAUUCUAACUUGAGGAAACAGAAUAGUUUCACCAGCGAAGAGUCCCACAAUCCUGAUGACAUCAGUUUACCUGAUCUGCCAACUUCAGAGUGUACUCCUAUAUCGACUACCUUAAAUACUCCUAUACAUUCUGACAGUGAGGACUCAUCCAGUCACGUAGUUGAUCUGACAAUUCCAACCAAUCCUAUAGAAAUCAUACAAAAUAGUCCCAUGAUCAGCUUUACUCAUUCACCUGUGAAAAUAGAACCUUAUGGACAUUUGGAUCAAAGAAGACUUACACAGAAAGAGUCGCAUGAGUCCUCGUUAGAUUUUGAUUUUGAAGGCGAAGAAGAGCCUUCUGAUACUUUAGAAAAUAAUGUAAAUUCCAGUAAAGAUCACUUUGACAUGGUUGAUCAGAUUUCUUCUGAAAUCAAAGAAUCCACUAUCACUCAGGAAUUGGAACCGGAGGAAACAUCUUCUAAUUCGAAGAACGAUUCUAUCGAUAAGAAGAUGAGUCAAUCUUCAAUCAGUAUCAAAGAAUCCAAUGAAGAAUCUACAUAUACGCAGAAAAUUGUGAAGAAUUCCAACAGUGAGGUUGAGGAGAAGGUUCACAGUAAUUUGUUGAAACGGGAGAAAGUAUAUACUGAGUCACGAGCUAUCCUGAAUCAAAAUGAUUUCACUGCUACAGGAGCUAUGAUCCCACUGAUACCAGGUGAAGAGUUUGAAGAGCCAAAAAUGCCUGUGCCACCAAUGGAGGGUAAUUGCCUAACGAAAAUCAUGAAAAACACUAUGCCAAUUACAGAUCUGGAUGUACUUGGCUCAGACGAAGAGAAUCUUGAUGAUAUGGAUGACAUUUGGAUGGAAGUAGAAUCCAUAGAUAAGAGUUUGGAUGGAAAUCUCACUGCAGAAUUUACUGUCCGCAAAAGCUCUGGGCGCGAGGAUUCCUGCACGAAGAAACUAAUGAAAGUGAAAAAAUCUGGAUGGAGAAGUUCAAAGUGCUGGAAAAAUUCAAAUGAUGUUCGCAGAUCUGUGAAGAAAAAUCUUAAAGCCAAUGAAAAAAGUUCUAAUGAAUAUUCAAAAUGUUCUGAGACGACCUUAGAUGCUACUUCUUACUCCGCAAGUGAUAGUACAUUUUCCACGCUCAAGCCAGAAGAGGAUGUGGCAUUAAUCCGGGUAACAGAAGAUGAAGAUGUAAAACCUAACGAAAUUAAGGAAAUUAAUACAGCAGUGAAGCUGAAGUGUGCUCAAGUAUCCAUGAGCAAUAAGAUUGAUUCAAAGUGUUACAGUAAAGAAGUCCGUGAAGGUUUGAAAAGGGUGGAUAAUAAAGAAAAAGGUAAUUUCAUAAAUGAUAUCGCUACAAAAUUGUUGGAGAAUGCAAAAUUCUUUGAACCGGAACUCCAAGGAACCGAUCAACUCACCAAGGAUUCCAAAUCUUUGAGUAACAGUAAAGACAGCAACAAAGAACGGAUACAGUUGUUAAAAGAAUUUCGAAAACCAAAGAAUAAAACAGUUCAAGAUGAAGCAAAAAUUCAAGUGUCCCAGGAACCUGCAAAAAAUCCUGAAACCCGUUUGACUCAAGUACCUGAUAAGUUUGAAGCCUUCGAAGAAUCGCCAGAGGAUUUGAGUUUAAAAACUCAUAUUGAAAGUGGAUCCUUUCAUGUAAAAGAAUCCUGUGCCAAUGAGACCACGAAACAGAAUGAAGAAAUUCCUUUGGUAAGUAGAGUGCAGAACGAUUUCAAUAACGAGAUUAAAGAUGAAACCUAUUUGAAGAUGAACAGUAAAGCGCCAGAAGAAAUUUCUAAACGAACACAAGAACAAUGUUUGGUAAUUGAAGUAUUGAAAGAAAAUUUCAUAAAUCCAUGUAAUUUAGAAGAGAAGACUUUGAGUUUACAAGAAACUUCUACUGAGUCAACCAAGAAAAUAGAAACUACCAGCUUAGAUGAUGAAAUUGGUAAUUUGGAUAAAAUAAAAGAACCCUUAUCGAAAGAUUCAAUUAAAGAACGUAUCGAUAUCAAAGAAGUAGAACCAAACGUAAAAUCAGCAUUAGUUACGGAAACAAAAGAAUUAGGAAAUGUCCAGGACAAUUUAGAAGAGAAUAUUUCAUUGAAUCUCUUUGAAAGGGAAAAAUCUGAAGUUCGAAAGGAUACCACAAACGCAUUGCAGGAGAUGAAAAUCAAUGAAAGUUCGUUGGUCCUGAACUCUAAUGUUUUAGAUAUGAAUACCCAGAAUAUUGUGGAAUCAAAAAACGUUGACAACAAUUCUGAAACUACACCAUUUUCGUCAUCCCUAGAAAAAGAAGUUAUGGAUAAAGAUAAAAGCAACAGUAUCCGAAAUUCUGAAGAGACAGCAAAGAAUCCUGAAUCAAUAAUACAUUCAGUGAAUCCUUCGAAAAUUCCUAAGAUAAAGGACACAUUGUUUUCACAAAUUCAUGAACCAGCAUCCUCGUCAAACUUAUUGGACUCUACAACAAUUUUACGUUCUCCCCACCAAUUAAAUGAUUUUCGAAACAAGAGUUUCGAUGAAAUCGAUCUGGAGCCAUGUAGAAUCGAAACAAACAAGGAACCUGAAAAUGCAGUGUCAAAAAGUACAUUCGACUUUGACUUCGAUAACUUCGACGUAGCACCCAACGACAAUGACCAAGAGGAAGUACCUCAGCAGUCCUGGAGAUGUUCAAAGAGUAACUUCCGUUUCGAGGAAGACUGCGAGAAGUAUAAGAAUCCUGACAGUUACGUCAAUCCAAUCUUCACCAAUCUGGAUGCCUUGGAGAAUCUAAACACCGUCCCAGUUUACACAACUAAGGAUGGAAAAAUAACUUAUAGUCCUAAUCCAAAAUUUACAUAUCGCACCUUGAUAAUGGAAGCUCGUGCGCGAGAAGGAUACUUACAACCGUGCUACUCUUAUUAUGGUAAAUCAUCUUCCAAAUAUCAUCAAUAUGAUUAUCGUGAAAAGUUUAAAGAAUCCCACAGUAAGAGGCGCCAUGAAGAUUAUCGAAGACGAAGACAACGGUCGAAUAGUGAAAAAACUGAAAGCCACGGCGAGUCAUUGAUUAAAUACUCUGAUAAAAAUUUACGACGAAAGAGUUAUUCUCGAGCCUUUGAGUGUGAUCGUGACAAAAGUGAUAGAGUUCUGGACAAUUUUUUGAAUUACAGUAUUGCUGAACAGAUGCAUAAGAGGUACAGUAUAGAAAGUGAUUCUUUAGGAAAUACUGUUGACUACAAUAAACAAUCUACUAGUGAUUCACAGUUGCGACACAAGGAUAUUUUAGAGAUGCUUAUGGAGCCAAGAAUGUUAAGUAUGAGGCCUUUGCAAAGCAAGGAAGACAAGACUGAGUACGAUAAUAUGGAUUUCGAACCGUACUGUGACGUGAAAUCUAAAUAUUUGGAAAAGGACAAAUUAAGCGAUUCAUACUAUCCGGAUGAAGAUUCGAACUUUGACGGUAUAUCUGUCAGGACUAGACAGUUGCAUGAUACAGCUAGUACUUCCCGUGAUCACAAAACUGUCAAGAAUUGUGAAUUGGAACUCGAGAUAUUCACUGAAGAUUUUCCAGCUACGAAGAAAUCUGAUAUUAUAUUCCAGUCAUCAACAUCUUGGUGGAAAGAAAGACGAAGAAGAGGGACGCUAGAAAGGAAUUUAAUCAAUGUGAAGAGAAAUUCAAAUCCUGAGGACGACGAGGAUAUAUUUAAACUAGAGGAAGUGAAAACUGAUAAUUCUGAGACGUUCGACCUGGAGAAGACAACGAAAACUUUGGAAGAUCCCAAAGAAUUGAAGCCUACGUUGCCUAGUAACCUUACAGAUAUUUCGUUGGAAAAACGAAAGGAUUUCAUUCUUAGAGAUAUUCAGUACCACGAUGCAAAAAGUUCCGACAUUUUAGAAGGAUUACAAGAAAAAGACAUUUUACAGUUGCCAAAAGUUGAUGAAGUUGUACACGAGUCUAACUUCGUUUCAGAAAGAAUUAAAGAUACUAUUUCUGAAGCGAAAACAUUGGAAAUUCCUACUGAUGUAAUAGAUGUAUGUAAGGAAGAUGAAGUCAAAAACUGUAAACAUGAGGGAAAAAAUUUUAAAAUCAGCAAAGAAUCAGUACAAAAAACUUGUAUUACCCAAGAUAAACAAGUUUCUGAAAAAAUAAAAGUGCAAUCAAAUUUAGAAAGUACAACACGUAUCACCAGUAAUUUUACAGAAAUCGAAAAUAACUUCAUUAUGGACUCUGUUGUGCCUGAAGUAAAUGAAUUCAAAGGAAGUGUACAGCCAGUGAACUCAAAAAAGAUAAUCACGUCAAAAGAAGAAAUAUCCACUGAAGAUCACAAAGUUCAGAAGAUUCUUGAGACAGUAAAAAAUCUAGUGAAAUGUGUUUCACCGUGUAAAGAUUUAUCAGAAGGAACGGCUAUUGACUCAGAAAGUGAUUCUAAGAAGACUGAUAGUACAAUUGUUGUAGAUAGUGUUGAGAACUUGAAAGUCUCUAUACAAUCACUUACUGAGGAGAAAUCAGAAGUUGUAAUGCAAGAUUGUACCUACAAAGCAGUUGUUGAAGAAGAAACAUUUGUUCCUUCGAAGUUACAAGUUCCUAUUUGUGAUACUAAGUCAACUACUGAGGAAACUCUGUCUCAGAGUAAAGAUAUAUCACAUGAGAAGUCCCACAACAUGAUACCUGGAGAUUGUGCGAGUGUUGAAAAUGUGCCAGAACUGCAAAAAGUACAAGUUGAAGAGGAACAGGAGACAAGAUGUUACACCGAAAAUAACAAGAAAAUUGAAUUCAGUGAAUCUAUGAAAACUGCUGAAGGGUGUCAAAAAUUAGAUGGAGCUCCACAAUUCUCAUCGGAGCCUUCAAUAAAGAAUUACACAACUUUUUCAUCAGCGGUGCAGGAUACCGAAGAAUCACUUAAAACGAUACCAAAACUCCUAAUAAAAAAGACAGAAGGACUAAAGUCUACCGGAAAACUCAGUAAAAUUUCUUCUGAGCAAGAUCCAAAAUUAACAAGUUCUGUGGAUACAAGUACCAUCAUAGAGAAGGAAAGUACUACGUCGAGAGUUACAUCUUAUAGAAAAAUACCAAAAAUGAUAAUAAGGAAUGCAAGAUCACGUCCAAGUACACCAACUAUAGAGGCAAUAACUCCAGAACAAAAACCUCCGUCACAGAAGACAUUGAAGGAUGAGCAGAAGACAUUCAAAGUAAAGAUUAAAAACGAGGACUUUGAGAAAAAUGUAAGUGAGAGUAAAAAGGAUGUGAAUUCACUUGAUAUUAAAAUUCCAAUAAUGAAAAUUAAAGUAGAAGAGAAGUUGCCAAAAAUUUUAAUCGAGAAGUCAAGCAACGAGGAACUGGAUAAUCGUAAAAUUGUUCCUAAGAUGAAGAUCACCAAAGUGCGUAGUGCAGUACCAAAAAUUGUCGAUGAUACGGAACUACCCUCCUCAAGUACUACAGUUCUAAAGAGAUCAAAAUCGUUGGAAGUUAAAUCAAGUGCAGGUGAAGUUAAUCCUUCAGUGAUGAGUGUAAAUUUGAAUCCUGAGAAAAUUAAGAGAUCCCAUGGUGCAGAGGGUGAUCAGCCUAGGGAAAAAAUUCCAAAACUAAAGAUCCGAAAAAAUCCAGAGAAUUCUAUUAGCGCGAACACGGAAGUGCAAAAAAAGAGACACUCAAGUGUAAAUUCGCCAGUACACGUCCAAUCUAAAAAAUUAAAAAAGAAUGCAAAGGAAGAAUCAAAACGGUCCAUUAAAGUCGACGAAGCUGAGAAAAAGUCAUCUGAGUGUUCAUCUACAGUGGAGAAUAAAAUUUCGCCUUCGAUUUUAAAACUGGUAUCUGAAAAGAUUCCCAAAGUAAUAAUAAAAAGAGCUUCGCCAAGUGCUGAGUUUAAGUGCGAACUUAGUAAAGACCGUAAAGAUGCUAUUAUCAAGAACAAAAGGUGGCAGCCAAAGGUAAAGCUUCAACGUUCCUGGGUAUUGGAUUGUAUGGCUAAAGAAUUGCGGCAUAAAAAAGUGUCUUUAAAAUUAUCUAUGCCAAAAUCUAAUAGAACUUCUUCGCAAAGGACUAAACCAGGACCCAAGAGAACUAUUCACUGGAGAAGACAUUCCACUCAGAUUCAUCAACACAGUAAACUUAUCAGGUCCAAUUCUACAUCAGAUUUGAUUCCACUUAAUAAAAUAAAAUCAAGAAGAAUGUCAGAUUGCGACUUCACAAAAUUAAACAUUCUGGAUAAAGGAAUCAGAAACUUCAGUCAUAGUAAAUUAUCGCAGCACAAUAUCAAAGGAGAAAACUUCAAUGUCCAUAAGAGUUCUGAUAACACUGAAGAUUGUAAAUCUGUCUCAAGUUCAUCAAAUCUUGAAGUAUCAUUAUCCUAUAAAGAAAAAACUAGUGGGGAUAAUAAAUCCACAUUGUUACACCACUGUAAAGAAUUGAAGUUUCAGCAAAUGAAUGAGAAAGAUCAAAUAGGUCAAAAAUUGGACGAAUCAAUGAGUAGUAAAAGUGAACUUCCUGUAGUGUGUAAUUUUAGUAACUUCAUUAAGGAUUUAAAAGGAUCUUUCGUCCUGAAUACAAAAAAUAAAGAUACAAAAAUCGAUGAUAAAUCAGCAGAAGAAUCAUUGAAAAAAUUGGAAACAAUUAUGACGAAGAAAGAAGACAGCCAAGAUUCUAUGAACCUAGUUGAUGAAGAGACAAAAAUAAAAGAGGAAGAAGAAAUUCAAUACGAUGAUACUGAAAGUGAAGAUUUACUAGAAAACAAUGAAACUUUAAGUGAAAACAUUACACCAAAUUCUCUUCUGUAUAAUAACUGUGAUCUAAAUUCUAUAAUUAAGGUCGAAUCAUCAGAUGAGAGUCAAACAACCAUAGACAUUCUACCAGCAUCGCCAGACAUUACACCUGGUGAAGUAGAAAUCCAUACUUCUUUAGAGAAUGAGGAAAAUGAAAGGCUUUAUUCAGAGGAUGCAAUCCCUACUCAAUUCGAACUAGAACUAGAAAUAGCUGAUAAUAAUGUGUCUGACCCUUUGGAUGUUCCUAUACCAGAUAGUCAGGAUUUAACGGAUCAUCGUUUUACAGAGUGCCUUAAUAAUGGAAAACAGACAAAGAUACGAAGACAGUCAGGAAGUAAUUUAAAAUCAAUGACAGAACGUUCAACCAAGGAUCCGAAAGAUCCAUAUUCUACCCGUAGAAGUCACGAAGAACCAACGUCUUCAAGUUCAUUCAAUGUCCAUUCAAAAAGUAGAAGUUCAAAAUUACAUUCUGUAUCAAAAAGAAAUAGAAGAGGAGAAGAAGAUGCAAGGAUAUUAAGUUCGAAAAUAGAGAAGUCCUUUUGCUGUUCAGAUUUAUUGGUGAAGGAAGUCUUGGCUGCCAAAGAGGCAUUAAGAAAAUGUCUGGCCAAGUCUAAGAGUGAAACUAAUAAAUCAAAAUUAAAGGCAAGACCUAAAACGGCAGCUGAGAAAAAACAAGGCUCCUGUUUUGACCUGAGCAUUCUAAUGGCUGGUAGGAGUAGUACAAAAUAUCUGGAUGAUUCAAAAUCUUUAGAAUCCCGUGACACAAAAGUAGUGCAAACUACUAACAAUAGUCGAGUCAAGACUGAAGCAAAAACUAACUCCGAUAAAAAUGAGAAGAAACAUUCCAAGCAGGUGCAAAGUCAUUCUGCUGUUAAAAAAUUGAAUUCAAGACCUCCAUCCAAUCUAGAGGUUGAUAAAAAGGAGCCUGUCCAAGUGGAAUUACAGUCACAACAGGAAUUUUCCUAUUCGAGUAACGUUAAUGUCAAUUCCAGGGUACCCAUAGUUCCGAUUCAGGAUUCUAGUACGAUAUCCUUAAAAAGCACUAAACUACUUACGCAGUUUGUAUGCAGGGAUUCUAGGUCAACUAAGGAAAUUCCUGAGACCCACAAAUCUAAGGAGACCCUGGAGAAAUUUGAUUCUCUGGAAACUGUGAGGGAGACCAUCGAUUCAUCACAGACAAUAAAACCGAACGCUCUCAAAAAUGGCGUCAAAUGGAACCAGCAAGGUGUUAACAACAUAAAGUCCUAUAAAAUCCCAAAGAUAUCAAAAACCCAGGACCCAUCUGUAGAUAACGUUGUAGAGAAUAUUCCUAAGGAUUCCAAAAUGCCAGUGUUGGAACCCGAAAUGGAUAUGAACUUUGAGACGAACUCAAACAGAAGUGAUUCUCGUUCCCCACCUGUCAUCACCAACCAGGAAGUUAUAAUUCGUCCAGAAAAUCCGGAGAACUUUGAAGAAAAGGAUAAUAAACAGUCUAAUGAAGAUUCUUUGUUAAUUCAACGCGCGUCAGUCAUUACAGUUGCUGAUAUCGUCAACGAAUUGGCUUACCAUGAGAAGGCUACAAUAAGGCAUCGCAGGUACUGUACCCUUUGUGAGAGAUGGUUCCCUACUGCUGCCCGACACCGAAGACAUCUGACAGGUUAUCAGCACAGACACACAGAAUUGAUUCAACGCAGAACAGUACAUGCCCUCUUUAUGCUCUUUACCGGAAGUCCUUGCUCCAGACUACAACCAGCAAAUGUAGUAAGAACGGAUUGUUUACCAGGAGAGCCAACGCCACUUCAAAUAGCUGUACAGGAUGUCGCUACUGGUUUAGACAGAAUCGACACAAGUUUGCGAGACGUUAAGAAACAAAACGAAGAGAAGAAAAGUUAAAGAAACUGUGAAGCUCGUAGAGUGUACUAAUGGGUACCAAAAUAUAAUCUUGCGCGAAUCCUCGCAGGCCGUAAGGAUAUCGCGCCACGAUUAAGUCGUACCGUAAGUGAGUCUAACAAAGAAAGUGAAUUAAAGUCGCACUUAGUUAACUAGCCAAAGAUAUUAACGAGAUGUGGGUUCGAAUUAUGUAUAUGUACACUCUAGAUUUAUAUUUGCUUUCUGGAGAGGAUGCUCGUCCAUCCUCGUUUGUACAAAUGACGUUAAGAGCACGUUGGUCUAUUUGACAUGGCUCAUUAAGAAUUCUUAUUUAUAUCUUAAAGAGACUUAUACAUAAUAUAUAAUAUAUAUAUAUUAUAUUCAUACUUACAUUUAUUACUCUAAUUUCCAGAUAGAAUAUAUAUGUACAUAUACAUACGUAUACACGCGGAUAAAUAAUAUGAAACAAAUGUUAUUAUAAAUAUUAUAUUACUACAUAUAUAUUUUGAGUGGCGUCUAUCGUAAGACGCUUACACGUAUGUCAGGUACGACUAGUUGCUACUACACUACAUGAUUCGGAGAUGAAAAGAGACAUAUCUUUUUUUUCCUUAUUGAGUUAACAAUUUGUUUUCAAUGGAAAUACACCAAUAAUAUACACGUUAUACCGUGAAUAACGUAAGUGUGAUUGGUUUCUUUACAGGACAGUUGUCUAUGUCGCAAUUCGUGAUCUCAUUCUAAUUUAGUUAAUAAAGAAUUUAGCAAAGAUAGUCAGGAAGCGCGGCGAAGAGCCAUUCUGAGGCAUUUCCAGUUUUAAAAAGUAAACACAGAAUUCCAAUCAAGAGUAACUAACGUAAAUGUAUGUUUCUUGAUUCACAUUACUAAAUUAAGGCCUGAAAAUUUGGCUUACGAAGUAGGGAGUUUUUGGCUAACUGUAACACUGAGUUAGCUCACCACAGAACUCAUUACCUCCUACAUACAGAUUUUUCGGUUUGUAUUUAUUAUUAGUCCACGAAUUGUAAAUUACAAUUAGUGCAGACGUUGAGUCUGUCGAUCAAUCAAUGAUUUUUUAAAUUUAGCCUGACAUUGUUGUCAACUUGUGAGUUCUAUAAAGGGUGCGAAACUUCUAAAAUUCUCGGCACACGAGUGUAGCAUGUUUUACUGCAUUAUAGUUUUUCUUUCUUUUUAAUCAUGUACUACGAGUAUACAGGGUUUUUAUAAAUGGACUGGGUUCACUUGAGGCUCUUCGUCAGCUUUGAUCAAAAUUAAUAGAAUAAAAUAACAUAGCAUUGUAGAGUCAAUGAGAGUCUUAAGGCUGUAUUUCACAAUUAAGUCAGACAAGCUGGAAAGUGAACAUCUUGUUUAAUACGACAAUAUUCAAGAUACAAUUAGCGUUACUCUACGCUAAGAAUACAUUUUUCUGUAUAAAUUCAGUCCUAUAAAUAUAAAAAAUACCUCCAAUAGUUAAAUCAAAUACUUUGUUCACUUGUAUGCUUGCCUGACUUGACUGUAUAUGCAGCAAGUCUUUAAGGAGACUGCAGGCCUGAUAUUACCAUGCAAAUAAGUUGUAAACUAAACCAGCAAAUAGCAUAAUUUUGACAGAGCAUAAUUUUGACUUCACUCAACUUAUAUAAUCUGUCAAAAUCGUACUAAUUACGAUUUUACUCUAGACCUUAAUAAUACGAUAAUACUAGGUCUGGAAUUCCCUUAAUCCAAUAAUAUCAAAGAGUCUCUCACGUUAGACUCUCGUAUUUUGUUCUAUUCGUUUCCUUCUUUAUCUGUAUACUUAAUCGCUUAUCUUUUUAUCACGCUCUUUCUAUCCCAACGAUGCAUUGUCUGAAAUUUGCGUUUUCAACUCGCACGAGUGCCUUAAGAUACACCUAAACAGUAUUCGUUGUAUCGUGUUAUAUAUAUAUAUAUAUGUAUAUACAUAUAUAUAUAUACAUGGCGAAUUCUCUAUAUAACCCACACGGAGUUAUUACAUAGUAUAAUUAUAUUUACAUAAUGGGUAUACAGGAACACGUAUCUCAAUCAGGAGAGGAUAUUUAAAAAGUAUUGGUUCACAUUAAAUAGAUGUGAAAUUAAGAAUUGGGGACCAUCAAGGUUUACUUGUACGAUUGUUACUCGCAUAUUAUUAAACACUAAUGAAGCGCAAUGACGAAUAUAAAAUCCUGUAUUCUCUCCUAAUUGUUGUGUACGUGAUACGUAUGCUGCAGUAAAAUCGUUGUGUGUUCUAUGUGCCUAAAAUUGAAAAAUGUUUAUGUACAUCUACAUGUAUAUAUGAAACUGAGCGAUUGCCAAGUGUAUACAUAUACCUGUAUACAAAUCGUAUAUAUUUAUAUAUAUAUACACAGUGAGAAAGAGCGAGAGGGAGAGAGAUGAAUAUAUGUACAUCAGAAUAUUGCUUGCGCCAAAUAUUUCCGAAGAGAGCACAGAAGAAAGGAAAAAAGAAAAAGAUCAUUUGAGUUUUUCCAUCUUCGAAGCAAAUUGUUUUGUCUGUCCUUUGUCGUUAAGGAUGUUUAAUUAUUGUUUUUAUUUUUUGUUUUUUGUAUUUACUUCAUCCAAUUUAUAUUCAAUGCACUCUUUUGAUCGUUUUCUUUUUUCAACGAGUCUUUCUUGCUUGUUUUACACUUUUUAUCUUUUUCUUUUUUUCCUUCAUCUUUGAUUGGCUCGUCGCGAGACAUCGUCAAUCUGUGUCUCAGAUGUGAAUGCGUUGCGCGAAAAUGCACGUGCGCGUUGCGUGCAUAUUUUUAAAUGAAUUUUAUUCCUAUUAAGGAAGCUGCAUCCUGACGUUAAAUGAAAUCGCGGCUUUAUGCUACGGAUCGCCGAACAAGCAAAUAGAUAGAUUAAUAAUUACACGCAAGAAGCAAAGAAACAUGUAUAAUGUACAGGAAUCGUAUUUGAAAUGUACCAAGAAAAAUUGCAUAGGUUCACUGAGCGACGGGGUUACACCUUUGCAAUUUUUCUUGCUUCUCUUUUCUCUUUGUCUUAUAUUGUGUUAGUCAGCUCCAAAGAAUUGUGCAAUAUCCAAAACGCGUCGAUGAGGAUUUCCUUUGAAUAACUCAUUAGUCCUUUUGGAAAAUCGUUGUGCGCUCGUUGCGACGUGAAGAGGAAAAUAUUUUGGCUAGUGAGAGGAGCCACGAGCGGAAGUUUAAGAUAUGUCGGUUACAAAGGAAUUUCCGUUGCACAUUAGAAUUUUAACACGAGACUAAACUUUAGUCCUAAUGAGGGUAAUCGUGUUACCUAAUAUUGCGCGUUAUGUUGUUUUUGUUAUUCCCAUUAUACAUAUAGUAGUAUAUAUUGUGCGACCGAAGCUCAUCCGGAUACAUAUAUUUACAUAUACAGUGUGUUAAGAAAAUUUGUUGUACAAAGAAAAGGGCAAUUUAUGUUAGUGUUAUUGGCAGGAUAAGUCAAAGUUAUUUUCAAAUCAUUCUUAACAAAGUUAUGGACAGAAAGACACCCCUGGAUCUCGCAGAUCCGGUGUACUUAUGAAAAAUGUCAAAAAUUAUAUAUGUAUAAUAAGCUAGUGUUAAUAUACAGAUGAAAGUGUUACUCGAAUGGCGUUGAAAAAGCAAAUAUUUAAAUGAAGGCCCCCCUAAAAAUAUUGUACAACAAAUUAACUAACACGUUGUAAAUAUAAACAUAUAUAUCGUAUAUACAUAUAUUAUACAUAUAGUCUAUAUUCGUUGUUUAUUCCAUGUAUGGUGUUGUUUAUUAUCUGGGCGUGAGGCCCAAAAGAGUCGUGAGCCUUGGUGUGUUUCACUUCAUUCCUACACUACUUGAUGCGGUUUUACAUUUGUAGUAUACAGCAAGCAACAAGUUUACUUGUUGUUUUUGUUUUCCUCUUAUUCUUUAUAUUUUUGUCCUCUUGUUCUUCUUGCGAGGCAGUUAGAUAAGUUUAUGGAUACAUCUUCUAAAAGAUAUACGUUAUUAAGUCCGUAUACGAUUAAGUCGCGAAGGACACGUGUGAAUUUUAAUGCCUACUGAGUGUGUGAAUUUGUUUAGAAUCUAUAUAUAUAUAUAUAUAUAUAUAUAUAUAUAUAUAUAUAUAUAUACACAUAUAUAUAUGUAUGUAUAUAUAUACUUUUUAAAAGCGCAGUGGCACGUCUUACAAAAAAUUAAGUACUUUGUGCUCCAGAACAAAGAUACCAAUCAACAAUCACUCUUUGUCUUUCCUAUAUCAUUAUACUUUGAUCGUUUUCCUUACAAACGGGAAAAAUAUGUACAUAAAAGUGUACUUGUUUUUUUCUCUUUUGCACAUUCCCGAUAUUCCAAAGACUGCUGAUUAUCCCGAAUUGCUUUUGUACAAGCGAUUAAUUGUGAAGGUCUAAUUAUGAACACUUUAGGAUUACAAAAUUUCUAUCUGUUUCGGGUUUUUAUCCCAUAGAGAAUGAUUUUUAUUUCUAUUAACCGUCACAUCCUCGUUUUCCCUGUAACGUCUAGCCGGCUAGAUGAAUCCUUUUGCAAAUCAAAAUAUCUUGUGUGCAAGUGUGUGUGUGUGCGCGUGUGUUAAAAUGAGAUUUGUUUUUGUUAAACUGUCAGCCUGUCGCACUGUUACGAAUAAAAAGGAAUAAUGCUGAAAAGUCUGUUAAAAUAUCA